AAAAAAAAAAAAAAGAGAGAGAGAAAGGAAAAAAGAAAAACAGGGAGUUUUUGGUAAUUUUGGAGGAAAAUCUUAUCCGCUUCUUUAUUUCUUCUUUCUUCUUCUUCUUCUUCUUCUUCUUCAGCCCCCCAAAAACUUUUUAAAAGCCCUCAAAAUCUCCAUUUCUCUUUAACCAUCUCAACUCCCAAAAAAAAAAUUCAAAAUCUCUCCAUUCCAAUUCAACAAAAUCCAAACACAAUUCAGUGAGACGGACUUUUAUUUUCUUUUUCUUUUUGUUUUUCUCUUUACCCUUUUGAUGGCAACUGGUAAGAGUUACUUCUCUCGCUCUAAGUUCCGUUUUCUUUCCCCCGGUGACGGACCUGACCACCACCGUAACGACGCCGCUUUCGAUUUCGAUGAGUCCGACCUUUUCAACUCUCCCCACUCCGGAACCUCCCCGGAGUUCCGUCGGCCGGCUUCCAAAUCUCGAAUCUCAAAGCGGAUUUCCCCUGUCGACGUCGGAGACCGGAGCGUUACGACGGUUUCCGCCGCCUCUCUUCCGGUUAACAUCCCUGAUUGGUCGAAGAUCCUUAGAAACGAGUAUAUCGACAACAGGAGAGAUGACUUUGAGGAUGAAGACGGCGACGACGAAGGCGAUGAGGUCGAGGAAAAGCGAUUUAGGGUUCCGCCACAUGAAUUUCUGGCGAAGACCAGGAUUGCUUCGUUUUCGGUUCAUGAAGGAAUUGGAAGAACGUUGAAAGGGAGAGAUCUGAGCAGAGUUCGAGAUGCGAUUUGGCAAAAAACUGGAUUCGAAGAUUGAUUGGAUUGGAUUGGAUUGGGAUUGAAUUUGAACAAACACGAAGAACAAUUAAACAAAAAAAAAAACUCUCGGAAUAUUCCAAUAGAAUAUACCAAUUCAUUUCAUGAGUAAGACUUUUCAUCUCUCUUCCCCCAAAAUUUUUGAUCCUUCCCUCUUCCUCUCUUAAUUUUUUCCGCCGUUUGGCCGCCCUAUCUCGGCUGUGUUUCGAUCGCUCCGAUCAUCGUUUUUUUUUUCACAUCUGUAAUUCGGAAUAUUUUGUAUUUUGAAUUUCACGAGAAGGAUAGAAAUAUUUUAUACUUUUUUUAAUUAAUCAAUUCUUCAAUAUUGGUAUUCUUUUUCUCUUAUUCGUUCAAAAUUAUAAUUUAUUGGGCAAUUUUGAUCUGAAAAGAUGCCCCUAUUAUUUUAUUUUUAUUUCUUAACAAUUAUAAUAAAUAACGUACACUUUUCUUAAUUAAAGUAUACUAAAAUCAUUUAAUUAAUCUCGCUUGUUUGUUUGGUUGAUUUUGUUUAAUUAAGAAGUCAUCCGUUUAAAUCUUCUACUUUGUAUAAUUAAAUAAUGUAACAAUUAUUUAAUAUUACUUCUUUAUUUUGAUGAGUUUAUGAGUUGGGCUAUAAAGUUAUUAUUACAAUGUAUUCUGUAUUUAAUAACUUUUUUGGUAUAAAAUUGUAUCUAAUGUUAAAAUUAAUUUACAUUGCAUUUAA